AUAUAUGUUCUUAAGUUUAUUUUUCUUUAAAUUUAUGAAACCUUAGCUUUAUAUAUAAUACCACUUAUCACACCCAGAACUAAGGGCUUUGCGACAAACCCUAACAAUUCACUCUUCGCUUCAUAUAUAUAUACAUAUGUGUCUUGAAAACAUGAAUUUUCAAGAAACAUCCAUGAAUGAUUUAGCUGAUGAGCAAGAAGAAAGCAGCUGGACCUGUUACUUCGAGGAGUUUCUAUGGCAAAAUGAUGAAGAAAUGAUCAUGAGUUGUGAUGAUGAAACCCUAAAUUCUCGAGUGCCUCAUGUUGCUUCUUCUUUGGCUAUCAACAAGAUCCGAAAUGAUCAUUAUCAAGAUAAGAAACUGAGAUUCAAGAAGAGGAAAACCAUUGGAGUAAUGGUUGAUGAUUCUUUAGAAGAUACCGCUAGUUCUCCUGUAUGUAGUCCCAAGAAGGUUGCUUAUUUUGAUCAAGUGAAAAUCAAGAACAAAAGCAAGAACACUAAAUUCGUAGACAUCUCUGAUCAGGAGAAGGUUGGGUUUUGUGAAGAAGGAAACAAGAGAAAGGUUAAUCCAAAUAUGGAGUUGAAGAAACGUGGGCUUUGUUUAGUACCUUUAUCUUCAUUGGCCAACUAUUUUUCUUGAAUUUUUUUUCUUUGAUGAACGGCUCUUUGAAAGUGGAUCAAUUUUUCAAAAGAAAUCCAAAAAUCUAUAUAAUGAGAUUGAUGAAAUUUAUCA